ACCGUCCACGGCGUGCUCUCUCCCUCCAUUCGGCACCUGCCCGCGUAUGGUCAAGCACUCCCAGCACUCAUCCGCGUCCGCUCUCAGUCACCUGCACCGUUCCACCUGUUUCGAAGCCCACCUUUCAGGCCCGGACCUCGCCGACCCCGCCUAUCUUGCCGUCUAUAAAAGCGGAUGCGCCCUUCGGCGCGGGCGGCGUUUUGCCGUCCAAUAGCCCCUUUGAUCUUAGUGGUCUCUCCAGCCUUAGUGGUCUCUCCAACCUUGGUGACCUCACUGAGCGUAUAGGCCUUACACGACGUCUAGGCGAGUUCGUCGCAAUGUGGACUCGACGCGCGCUGUUGUACAUCGCGCAGACUCUGGCGGCGACGCAGAGUAUUCGUGCCGCCCCGAAUGGCUUUCCGGAAUCUGGAAAUGGGCUGUGGUAUGAUGCGCCUGGCGUGUUCUGGGGCAGGGAUUUCCUCCCGGUUGGGAAUGGAUAUUUGGCAGCUAUGACGCCGGGUGGCACGACCGUGGAGACGACGCAGCUCAACUUGGAGUCACUGUGGUCUGGCGGCCCCUUUCAGAACUCGUCAUACAAUGGCGGCAACAAGCUACCUUCAGACCGGGAGGCGACGAAGGCGGCUAUGGAGAAUGUACGAAGCGAGAUAUUCGCGAGUACAUCUGGGACUGUCGCGUCCGAUGGUCUAAAUGCCUUCAUGGUGGACCAACAAGCCAAUUAUGGUGCCUAUGCUGGCGCUGGCUACCUUUUUACGACCUUGAACAACACAGGCGAAGUCAGUGGCUAUGCGCGUUGGCUCGACCUCGACCAAGCCGUCGCACAAGCUACAUGGACUCAAGGCGACGUACAGCUCAAUAGGACGACAUUCUGCUCGCACCCCGCCCAAGCAUGCGUGCAACAAACCUCAUCCUCCGUGCCGCAAAAUCUCACCUACGCGUACUCCGUCGCUCCCGAGACCGACCUGCCUCCGCCGAACGUGACCUGCCUUGACGACACCACGCUUCAAGUUCGUGGCUAUGCGGGCACCCCCGGCAUGCUCUACGAGAUCCUCUUCCGCGUCCUGCCUUCCGCGCAGUCCACCGUCUCCUGCUCGCCCGCGGAUCCCUACGACAUGAGUGUCGCGACUGUCAAUGCGACGCUCUCGGCGUCUGGGCCGGAGCUCGCUGUCAUCUGGGUCGGCGAUACUGAGUACUCGAUGGAUGCUGGUGAUGAGGCGCACGAUUUCUCCUUCCGCGGCGACGAUCCGCACGACGUGCUCCUCUCGCGUAUAUCCUCGCUGCAAGACACGAGCGUCAGCGAUCUACUCGCAGCCCAUCUAGACGACGUCGCAUCCACCCUCAAUUCAUUCUCGCUUAACCUUGGGCAGACUGCUCAACCGGACCAGACCACUGGCGCGCUGUUAGACGCCUAUCAGACGGAUGCGGGUAAUCCGUACUUGGAGUGGUUGUUGUUCAACUUCGGGAGAUACCUGUUGUGGAGUAGCGCGAGGGGCACCUUGCCGGCGAACCUCCAGGGAAAGUGGGCACAGAGCUACGCGAGCGCGUGGAGUGCAGAUGCCAAUAUAAACAUCCAGAUGAACCUAUGGUGCGCGGAGCUGUCGGGGCUGGACGUCUCCCAGUCGAUGUUCGACUACAUGGAGAAAACCUGGGUCCCCCGUGGUACGCAGACGGCGCAGAACUUGUACAACAUAAACGAGGGAUGGACGACGCACAACGAGAUGAACAUAUUCGGCCAUACGGGCAUGAAGCUCGGCGACCCGCAGUGGGCGAAUUACCCAGAGGCCAACGCUUGGAUGAUGCUUCACGUCUGGGACCACUUCGACUACACGAACGACGUUGACUGGUGGAAGGCGCAGGGAUACCCCUUGCUCAAGGGCGUUGCCCAAUUCCAUCUUCACAAGCUCAUCGAAGAUCAACGCUUCAAUGACACCUCGUUGGUCGUUGCGCCCUGCAACUCACCAGAGCAGAAGCCGGUUACGCUAGGCUGCGCGCACGCACAACAGCUCAUAUGGCAGCUGUUCAAUGCGGUUGACAAGGGCUUCGAGGCGUCAGGAGAUAGUGACACUGACUUCCUGACCACAAUUCGGACUGCUCGCGACAAGAUGGACAAGGGGAUCCAUAUAGGAUCCUGGGGUCAGCUUCAAGAGUGGAAAGUCGACAUGGACGAUCCGGACGACACCCAUCGCCAUCUCUCGCACCUCAUUGGGCUGUAUCCGGGCUAUGCUCUGAGCUCGUACAACGAGAGCCUGCAGACGAACCCAUCCUCUAACGCGUCGUACACGAAGGAGCAGGUACUGAACGCUACCACCAUCAGCCUCACCCACCGCGGCAACGGCACCGGCCCCGACGGCGACGCCGGUUGGGAGAAGAUGUGGCGCGCGGCGGCGUGGGCACAGCUAGGGGAUGCGAGCCAGUUCUAUCACGAGUUGACGUACGCCAUCGCUACCAACUUCGCCGAGAACCUCUUCAGCGUCUACAACCCCGGCGAGGACGACCCCAUCUUCCAGAUCGACGCCAAUCUGGGACAUCCCGCCGCAGUCCUGAACGCACUCAUUCAAGCUCCCGAUACAGCGUCGUAUGAGGAGGCGCUGGUCGUAACGCUGCUGCCUGCUCUACCCCAGCAAUGGGCGGCCAGUGGGUCCAUCAAGGGCGCGCGCUUGCGUAGCGGUUUAUCAGUAGACUUCUUGUGGACCAAUGGGAAACUCGACGGCGCGACUUUCAGGGCAUCAGAUCAUGCAAGGCCCAGGGAUGUUCGUGUGGUGGCCGACGGGCAGGUAGUCAAGGAGUUCACGACAGAACCGGGAUUGGUAGUGCAUAUCUGAACAUUUACGGCCUGUUUAGGAGCGAAAUUUACAGAGGAUGUAAGACUGUAAACAAAAGAGAAAUGUAGAGUUACGCAUGCAUCGUCGUCUGGGGACCGUUCUUUGUCAGACUCAGCAAGUUCAAAAUCAUCACCAUCCUGGGACUCUUUGCCGCUGUUCCUAUGGCCAUGGAAUAACUGGCCCCGGUGGUUGAUUGGACCGUCGUGCGAGCUUUCUCGCUAAGUCUUGGGCAAAGCCGCACAUUGUCAAAGUCGGGUUCCAUGACCCCGAUGUAGGGAAGAGGGCACCACCCGUG